AUGGAGAUCACAAUUCUUGGACAAUUUUCAAGCCAUGGCCUGCGGACAGGAAUAUUCGAAGCAAGCAAACUAGUGUUGAUCAAUUUUGCUCCCAAUCUCCCAGAAAUUCAGGUUCAAUCGAUUGCAUCAUUCUGCAGCACGCUAUUAGGCACAGCUGUGCGGAUUCCAUGUGAGGUGCUGAAGCAACGGUUGCAGGCUGGCAUGUUUAAUAAUGUUGGGGAAGCCAUUGUAGGGACGUGGAAGCAAGAUGGUCCAAGGGGCUUUUUCCGUGGGACAGGCGCAACUCUUUGCCGUGAAGUUCCAUUAUACGUUGUUGGCAUGGGACUGUACGCAGAGUCCAAAAAGAUGGUGGCGCAAGCGCUGGGAAGAGAACUCGAGGCAUGGGAAACAAUAGCGGUUGGGGCGGUGUCAGGAGGUAUAGCAGCAGAUGUGAUGAAGACGAGAAUGAUGACUGCAACACCAGGGAGACCGAUCUCAAUGUCAAUGGUUGUAGUCUCGAUUCUGCGUAAUGAAGGACCGCUUGGUUUGUUCAAAGGAGCAGUCCCGAGAUUCUUCUGGGGGGCUCCUCUUGGUGCUAUGAACUUUGCUGGCUACGAACUAGCCAAGAAAGCUAUGCAGAAGAACGAGGAAGCUGUGCUAGCGGAUCAGCUUGGUCAGAAGAAGCUUUGCUAAUGGGAUUAUACUAGCGGAUCAGCUUUGGUCAGAAGAAGCUUUUGCUAAUGGGAUAUUACUUUGCUUUGCUGCUACGAAGUUUUUUUGGGGGCAGUUUAAGCCGGAGACUCCUCUUUUGUUAAAUGCUACUUUGCAAAUUUUUGACAAAAAAAUAGUUCAUUAUUUUGUUGUGCAUUGAGGACAGUUUCAAACUCUCUGGCUUUAAAAAAAGAAGUUAUUUUUGCGCUC